AUGAGCAGAAGUCGCUCGAAAGGGAAAGGCCACGCAUCCCAAAAAUGGGACGAUAACAGGGCUCUACAGCAAGAAAUCAACGACUUGAAGAAGAAGUUGCACCGAGUGCAGCGAAGGCGUCCUUCCCCCAGUCCGAACACCAGUGAUGAGGAGGACAAUGAGUACAGGCGAAGAUCGAGAACCCUGCAAAGUGAAACCCCCUCUUAUGAGGAAGAGCGACCUCACAAACGCGGCCACAAAAGCCCGUCUUACAAGGGCCUAGCAAACGACGCCAUGAGUAAGGCCUUGGACUGCAUCUCUCAGUCACCUUUCACGAGCAGGAUAGAGGGGGUUGAGCUUCCUUGGCGGUUCCACCAACCCAUUUUUGCCAUAUAUAAUGGUUGGACGGACCCUGUAGAGCACGUAAGCCAGUUUAUCCAGAGGAUGGCCGUCCAUUCCAGGGAUGAGGCAUUGAUGUGCAAAGUGUUUCCAUCCAGUUUGGGACUCAUGGCGAUGAGAUGGUUUGACAGCCUCAAGCCAAACUCCAUAAAUUCCUUUAAACAGCUAACACAGGCUUUCGGUUCUUGCUUUAUAACGAGCAGCAGGGUUCCUUGGCCUUUAGAUUCCCUCCUGUCCUUGUCCAUGCGAGAAGGAGAGACCCUGAAGGCCUACUCGAACAAGUAUUGGGAGAUGUAUAACGAGAUAGAGGGAAAUUACAAUGACGUCGCCAUUAGCACAUUCAAGAGGGACCUACCAACAGAGCAUGGUUUAAGAAAGUCCCUGACUGGGAAACCGGUCACCAGCAUGCGCCAACUCAUGGACCGAAUCGACAAAUACAAGAGAGUCAAAGAGGACCAACAGACGGGAAAGGGCAAAGCGAAGGUUGUCCCUCAGGAGAGGAGGGACUUUAGGUCAGACUGCUUUAACAACAAUAACCAGCCGAGAAAGGAUUACUUGGAGCAGUCUGGAUCCAUCGGGGCACAGGCAAUCCAUGCUGUGUUCCGGGAACCAUUACAUAAGAUCCUAGAAAAAGUGAAGAACGAACCGUUCUUUCAAUGGCCAAGUAGGAUGGCAGGCGACCCUGCGAAACGUAACCAAAACCUAUAUUGUGAAUAUCACCAAGAACCAGGCCACACCACCAAUGACUGCAGAAAUCUGAAAAACCACUUGGAUUGGCUGGUCUGA